AGCCCAUCUUUCCCUGGGACCACCACCAACGCGCCUCAUCUGUCCUCUAUCUCUUUCUCUCUCCUAUUAAUUACGCGUCUCCUAGCGUUAAGCUGCGUGCCGCAUCGACAGAGCAUCUGCUUUCGAAGUUACGCGUGUUCUCGGUCCUGCACAAGCAUGCUCGCUCUACUCACCGGCAGGCCUAUCGUCCACUCAAUUAUCAUUUUAGCCGCUAUAGGGUGGAUAUGGUACCGUACAAUGACUAAUAGCCAAGGCUCGACCUAUCCCUGUGCAACACCUAUCCAUGACAAUUGUUCUUUCUACGCGUCAUGCUUGGAAACGAGGUACCACUGUGGUCCAGCUGGCUACCCUCUCGGUUACGGAGAGAAGUUCUGCACAAAGUUCAGUGAAGACCGCUCUUUGCUCAGUGCCAAAGGACAGACGUGGAUGGUGGACACAAUGCAUUGUCUUCAAGAGGCACUCGUUCCAGACGCUCUUGGCUCAGCAGAAACCUGCAGCAAGCUGGAGGACAAGGCAUUUGGGACACAUGCCAAGUGUUACAUCGAUAAUGGUCUGUGUUUUUUGCCUGUGACGGACUGGGAGGCGAUUGUCAAGAUAGUCGAGCUGCGGACGCUUUUCCAGAGCUGGGAUGCGUUUCUAGAGACCUUGAAGGCUGGGGAGGGUUGCUUGGAGGCGUAUGCCCAUUUCGCAGAGCAUGCGUUAGGUUGAAGAGAUUCACAUUGCAGACCAGACUGUUGGUAUGCUGUAAAGGAGCUGGUCUUCUUCGAGAAACAGAUUGGUUCUCCAGACAAUGGACCUUUUCGAUUAAUAGGACGAGGAAGAAUGCCAAAUUGCCGUUUCACGGCUAUGCGCUUGGUUGAUAACGUUGUCAGCAUUUAUCAAGAGAUAUAACCAAGGUCUAUGCUCGACCGCUCCUUUGUUUUCCUUUACAUAUUCGCCGUCUUUCAAGGACCAGCUUCACUUUUUCCGUGUCACCAUUGCCUUAGAAUGGAAUAGUGAUACCGGCAGUGUUGCACAUUAUAAGCUUAUUAUUAUUAUUCACUCUGAAUGCUUUCAAG